CUGACUAAAAUACAUAUCAACAAAAGCCGGGUCCUCGCCCAAGCUUCGUGAUGCAUUGUGGGUAGCCACAAUACUGUGGCUCCUCUCUGGGGCCCAGCUGAGGGGACAAUUUGCUCCCAAGUGCAUGCUACUGACCUCAAUGGCCAUCUCCCUUCUAAAGGAAAGAUCCGGAACCAGCCUCUGACCUCCAGGACCUCCUGUCUGUCUGGCUGAAUCUACAGAAAGGAGCCCUUCUCAGCCUGCAGUGGACCCCAUCUGCUCGGUUAAGGAGCCACGGUGGUGCCAGGGGGGCGGAAACCAGCGUUCGGCCUGCCGUGAAGAGGUUCCAGAAGAGCCAUGGCAGGUGUCUGUGACAUGGCCCCUAAUUUCCUUUCCCCAUCUGAAAACCAGGCCUUGGGUCCUGCCCUUGGCAGAGAAGUUGCUUUGAACUGCACAGCUUGGGUGUUCUCUAGGCCCCAGUGUCCCCAGCCAUCAGUGCAGUGGCUGAAAGAUGGUCUGGCAUUGGGCAAUGGAAGCCACUUCAGCCUCCAUGAGGACUUCUGGGUCAGCGCCAACUUCUCAGAGAUUGUGUCCAGUGUCCUGGUGCUCAACUUGACCAAUGCAGAGGACUAUGGGACCUUCACCUGUUCUGUCUGGAAUGUCAGCUCCUAUUCCUUCACUCUUUGGCGAGCUGGCCCUGCUGGCCAUGUGGCUGCAGUGCUGGCUUCCCUCCUGGUCCUGGUGGUUCUGCUGCUGGCGGCCCUGCUCUAUGUUAAGUGUCGGCUGAGCAUGCUGCUUUGGUACCAAGACACUUACGGGGAGGUGGAGAUGAACGAUGGGAAGUUAUACGAUGCCUACGUGUCCUAUAGCGACUGCCCAGAGGACCGCAAAUUUGUAAAUUUUAUUCUGAAGCCUCAGUUGGAGCGGCGUCGGGGAUACAAACUCUUCCUAGAGGACCGCGACCUCUUGCCUCGCGCGGAGCCCUCUGCCGACCUUUUGGUGAACCUGAGUCGCUGUCGGCGUCUCAUCGUGGUUCUUUCUGAUGCCUUCCUAAGCCGGCCCUGGUGUAGCCAGAGCUUCCGGGAGGGACUAUGCCGCCUACUGGAGCUCACCCGCAGACCUAUCUUCAUCACCUUUGAGGGCCAGAGGCGUGAGCCCAUACACCCUGCUCUCCGGCUCCUGCGCCAGCACCGCCACCUCGUGACCCUGGUGCUUUGGAAGCCUGGCUCCGUGACUCCUUCCUCUGAUUUUUGGAAAGAGCUACAGCUAGCACUGCCACGGAAGGUGCAGUACAGGCCGGUGGAGGGAGACCCUCAAACCCGACUUCAGGAUGACAAAGAUCCCAUGCUAAUCGUGAGAGGACGUGCUGCCCAGGGCCGGGGCAUGGAGUCAGAGCUGGAUCCAGACCCUGAGGGAGACCUGGGUGUCCGUGGACCUGUCUUUGGGGAGCCACCUACUCCACUGCAGGAAACCAGGAUCUGCAUAGGAGAGAGCCACGGCAGUGAAAUGGAUGUCUCUGACCUUGGCUCUCGAAACUACAGUGCACGGACAGACUUCUACUGUCUCGUGUCUGAGGAUGAUGUGUAGCCCAUAUCCCAGCAGCCCAGACCAUGAGAUCAUGGCGGCAGCUUCCAGGGUAGAGGCAGCAGGCACUCCUUCCUAGGAUCACAACCCUUGCCUCUAUCCCUGGGCCCCUCAGGAAAGGAGUGUGGCCCCAGGGUGUCACAAAAUAAAAUCCUGUUGGUUCCUG